AUGCUGUCUGCGCCAAAAUCACGAUGUGGGAUUUCAUCCGACGCUCGCGGGGCCCGAAGGUGGCGAUCGCAACGAGAUGUGUACCCUCGCUUCGUGAUGUUGACUGCAGGGCUGCUUCUUGUUGUCUCGUUCGCCGAAUCCCAGCUGUUGUCUUCACGUCAGGUAGGGAUUUUGGAGGGAGACGUCCCCAAAUCCGCUUGUACUCCAUCAAAGCAAGGCGGGACCACCUGCGAUUGUGUUGCAAAUGGCGAAGGGGUCCAGCAUCUCAAAGCUACUCUCUCGGAAGAGAAGACUCAACUGGAGCUGGUGUGCAAUCCGACCUUGACCUACGCACCAGAACAGUUGGCUGACUCGAAGGUCUGUCCAGCGGGUAUUCAGGACCUUAGCAAGUGCAAGGCUAAGCCCAACCAAGGCGACCCUGCAUCCCUCGGACUCGACACGAUCUUCACGGGGGAGACAGACAGUGUCAAAUGGACGCCUAGUCCAACUCCUGCGGAAUCAGCGAAAGCGAUGGUCUUGAAAAUUUCGAAGGACAAUGUCCCGUUCACCGAAAAAAAGUUCAUGGUGGGUUGCUUGAAAGCUUCCGCGGACCAAUGCCAAGUCACUGUGACUAUCCAAGCCAGAAAAACAGUGAUGCAAGAACGGAAGGUCAUGUGUGCCUAUGGCAAAGACAGCAACAACAGCAAACAACACCAAACCAUCACACUCACCCCCUCGCAAAACAGCUUCACGCUCGUCUGCGGCGCCGAUGGAGACGUUCUUCCUGCCGACUACAACAGCCAUUAUUGCCCAGUCACCGAAACCCCGACGGAUGCACAAGCAUCCUGCAGCGGCGACUACGCAUCGAUAUUCUCUACGUACAACCAGAACUGGUGGAAGGCAGAUGGUACAAAAUCGUUCUCUUUCGAGAUCCCGGCUGACCAGUUCCCUGAGAAGGAUGCUACGAUUUCCCUCGGGUGCCGGCAGAAACCGAGUGGCGAUGUGAAUAGGCACAAGACUGUUAGUGACGUAGCUGAGACGAGCGUUUGUAACGUGGAUGUGACGAUCGGGGGUACUGGAGCAGCGAGUUCGUCGUCGCGAUCGCUUUGGAGCGGCAUGGGGAGGAUUCCAUAUCUGCUUGGGAGAGCUGUAUUUGUGACGAGCGCGAUAGCAUAUCUUUAA